ACAGCACUUGAAUUAUUUCGAUUAGUUCUUCGUUUCGUCGACUUGGACACAAUAAUAUUGUUGAUAAGUUCACAGAAGCUAAAGUUAUUACUUUUGGACAAUGAGUUCGGCACGUUUUGCUCGUUCGGGCCGCGUUCGAAUAUGCAUUCUGAUGAGCAUGUUUGUUGUGCUCAUCAUGAUGAUUGUCAUUUACCACAUGUCGCAACAGCAACUUGACGAGACUCGAGUUUUUCGCCAACAUUGCGAACAAAAACAGGAGGAAUUGAACAUAAGGCUACAGUCGCUCACCGACAACAAGUUGGCGGCAGAGAAGAAGGUGGAGGUGAUGCGUGCGGAAAAGCAAAGUAUACAGGAUGAGUAUGAAAAGCAACAGGACGCAGAGCGUACACUGCAACAGAGGUACGAUGUGCAAAUUAGCAAAUACAAAAUACUCGAGGACAAACACAAUGAACUGCAGGCUGAAUGCGUCAAGAGCAAGAAGAAGCACAUCGAAGAUACAAAUGCGUUGAUCGCUCAGUUACAGCAGCUGCAACAGGACAACAAACAGCACGAAGCAACAGUGUGGAAGGAUAAGUACGAGGCGAUUCUUAAGGAAUCCGAACACAAAACACACACCCUAGAGGAAGCACUUAGCGAACUCAAGGCACACUGCGAAUUAAAGGCGCAGCCGCAACCGAAACACCAACUUGUUAAGCCAGUCGGGUCGCUGAGCCCCGACACGACGCCCACACAUCACUACAGUCCCGCCCAGCCAGCGCACAGUAUUGAGAAGCCCCGCAACGAAAAGUCUUUCAACGAGCAAGUACAAAUUGUGCCCAAGGGCGUGAAAACUUUAGCGGAUGAAUCCAAUAAACAACAACAGCAAGAUCAGCCCGUACUAGCCGCGGCCGCUGCCGCUGGAGCCGUUUCGCCGCUAAGCGCGCCCCGGAAGUCCAACUCUAGUACUCCAAAUGCCGAAGCAUCACAAAAUGCCUCUCUGGCACCAAAAGGCGUAGCUAGCAGCAGCAGUAGUGGUCAGCCGCCUUUGGUUAUGCCGCCAGCGAAGCCAUCAGCUGAGGCCAAAAUAGAACGCAAGCUACCUGAGAAUGUGGCACCUAUUCCUGAUAAUUUCGAUGGCAGAGGUGAGCAAGCGGCGGAUGUAGAUACGGCUGCCGAAGAGCUGCCCAAAAACGAAAACAACAAUCGAUAUUCCAAUGUGCUGGACGAUUUGGAGUCUAAUAAAAACCAAGGAAUAAUUGACUCUGGAGCCCAUGAAGUUAAAGAUGCUUUAAACGAACAAAACUUCAAUUUGCCAGGCGCUGAACACAAUUUAUUUGACAAUGAUAUUGGAGCUGCUCAUGCUGCUGAAGCGGAUAACAAACUGUUGGCCGCCGAUGCAGCCGCUGUUGGUGGGGGUGGCGGUGACGAUGAUGACGACGUUAUGUUGGGGGAUGUGGCGGUAAAGCAGCCCCAGCAUUUGCUCGAUAAUGACAACUUAAAUAAUGAAAUCGCUGGAGAUCAGGGCAAGGAGUUUGCCGAUGCUGUGCAUCUGGACGAUGGCAUGGAUGAGGAUCAAGAUGAGGAUGACUACAAUGUGCCCGCACGCAAGGCGGCCGCCGAUUCGCCUGUUAGAAAUUAGAGGAUUCCCUGUAAAUUUAAUAGUCUAUUCUAUACAUUAGUAUUUUAAACCGGCAUCUCUACUGGCAAAUCUGAUUAGCUCUUCUAGCUAAAAACAAAUACCAGCCAAUUUAGUUGAUAAGGUUCAGUCCCAUUCUCAUUAAUAAGAUUUCAUUGAAAAUUAGGAGGCAGAAGUCCCACGCAAUAUGAUGGAAUUCGCAAACUGUUGCAACUUGGAAUAUUUAAUAAGAUUCGCAAAAAACUGUUCAGUGCACAACA